UAUCUGCUGCAUGUAUCAAAUGUAGAUAUUUGAAAUUUGAUCAGACACAACAUCUUUUCUUAAAACAUCCGGGACUUUAAUUUUCGCCGCUUAAAAGGAAAAUAAAAUAAUCACUAUUAGAAAAUGGGAAAUUUGGUGUCAGCAAGCAAUGAAAGCCAAGAAGAUGAAAGGACUUGUCCCCCACUUACCGAAACCCCUUGGAGGCAAUUUGAAAAGACUGGAGAUUGGACUGAUGAGUAUGAAAAUAAACUCAUUGAGGACAUUCAAAACCCUGCUAUGAAAGAAGAGGCAGAGAACGUUCGCCUAUUACUCCUUGGACCAAUAAAAUCAGGAAAAUCUUCAGUUUUAAACUCUACUGCAUAUAUUGAUAAGGGACGAAUCGCACAGGUUACUGCAGCCGGAGGAGAAGGAGCAAGUAUGUCUAAAAAGUUGAAGGUUUACAGUCCUAAAGGAAAGUUGAAGAACUUCAGGCUGUUAGAUACGAUGGACAUUGAGAAUGCUGCAGACGCUGGCUUCAACGUCAAAGAUCUACUAUAUGUUAUAAAUGGAAACGUUCCUCCGGAUUACAAGUUUAAUCCUGCAUCUCCAAUUGCUGAUACGGACCCUUCUUUCAAUAAAACACCAUCGGAGACUGACAAAACACACUGUGUAGUCUUCGUGUUGGAUGCGAGUGUUGCCGGCGAAGGUAACAUAUCUGCGGCCACGAAAGCGAAGGUUGCAUCACUACAGGAUGAGCUUAAGUCACUUGAUAUCCCUAGAAUAGUUCUUCUUACAAAAGUUGAUGUACUCUGUGAAAAAGUUGCCGAUGACAUCCAAAAUGUAUAUAGAAGUUCAAAAGUGCAGAAAGCUGUAACUGUUGCAGAAAAUUUGUUCCACGUCCCGAAAAUGAAUAUAUUUCCGGUGCAAAACUACAAUGAAGAAACGGAUCUAGACACUUCCAAAAACAUACUACUGCUUCUGGCAUUGAGGCAAAUGGUGAAUUUUGCAACAAAUUUUAUAAACAGGCAAUCCUGAAGUGAGCGGUGAAAAGAAAAAGUAAAGUGAACUUCCGAACAUCGCUUCUCCGAUCAUUUUUUUAUUUUAAUGCUUUGGGUUUAAACUUUAGAUGUUUUUUUAUAAUAUUGGUCUGUGUUUCCCUGCUGGUAAUUAAAAUGACAUUGUAUACAUUGUGAAGGUGGUGGCUUUUUGAUACAGAAAAGAACAGAAUUUCAUUAUAGAGUUGUACAUAAUACAUCGUCGUGCUUAAUAAACAAUAUACUGUUAUAACAUAAUGUUAUUGUACCAUUUUAUUGACCUGUCAAAAUGCAUAUUGAUUACAUGGUCGGUGCAUAGAAUAUUUUAAUCUUCAGUUGAUUUUCGGUACAUUCCGUACAAUGUACGGAAAGUAACCUGCAAUUAAAAUGGUUUAUAUUUAAAGCGUGUAAACGGAGGUACGAAAGUGACGAUAGCUCAGUGGUCACUGUCAAUGGCCUGAAAUCUCGAGGUUUUCAGAUCGAAACCGUGUAUGGUUUGUAUUUUUUUCAUAAACACUUGGUCUUUGUACAUUUUUUAACCAGUAUUUCCUCCAUGUAUUUUUGCAACUAUAUUUUUAUUCUUAUCACUUUUUUAAUUUCUAUUCUUUAUUUUAUUUUUAUUCACGGUUAAUUUCAGUGUAUUACAAAUUUCAUAAAUAUGAAUUAAAACAAGCUAUAUUCAUGAUUCAGUUUCGAUCGCUAAAACUUCAGUACUGAACACAUUUUAACGUGUAGCCCG